CUUAACAGCAAUAGCAACGGGGAUAGCAACCGCAUCGCUGAUUCUGGAACAGGAGAACGCCACAUUUCGGCGUUUUUAAGGCUGCCGACCGGCGGAAAAGCCUGCUGCAGGACAGAGCCUCUAAAAUGUCGCUGUUCAAAGCUCGUGAUUGGUGGUCCACAACAGUAGGAGAGAACGAAGAAUUUGACCAAGGAUGUAUGUGCGUGUCUGAUGUUGAUAACAGUGGAUCUGGCCAAGAUAAAAUAAUUUUGGGCAGUCACAGUGGAUUCCUUCGUAUCUUCUCUCCUCAUCCAUUGAAAACUGCUGAUGGUGGUCAGGCAGAAGAUUUACUGCUGGAAGUUCAGAUGCGUGAUCCUAUUCUCCAAGUAGAAGUUGGAAAAUUUGUUUCGGGCACAGAACUUAUUCAUCUUGCAAUACUGCAUCCCAGAAAGCUCUGUGUUUAUUCAGUAUCUGGCACAUUGGGAAAUGUGGAGCAUGGAAACCAAUAUCAAAUUAAGUUAAUGUAUGAACACAACCUUCAGAGAACUGCAUGCAACAUGAUCUAUGGGCCAUUUGGAGGAGUGAAAGGUCGAGAUUUGAUUUGUAUCCAGUCAAUGGAUGGGAUGCUCAUGUUUUUUGAACAGGAAAGCUAUGCGUUUGGUCGGUACUUGCCAGGAUUUCUUUUACCAGGUCCAUUGAGUUACAGCCCCAGGACAGAUUCCUUUGUUACUGUCUCGUCUUGCCAACAGGUUGAAAGCUAUAAAUACCAGGUGCUUGCCGUCGCAACAGAUGCAAAUUCCAGGAAGGAGACAGAACAGCAAAUGAUUGGUGCUGGGAAAAGACUGGUGGCAGACUGGAUACUGAACAUUGGAGAACAGGCACUGGAUAUAUGUGUUGUCUCCUUUAAUCAAACUGCUUUCUCUAUUUUGAUUCUUGGUGAGAGAAAUUUCUUCUGCCUAAAAGAGAACGGACAGAUCCGCUUCAUGAAAAAACUUGAUUACAGUCCAAGCUGCUUCCUUCCAUAUUGUUCAGUGAAUGAUGGAACAAUAAACAGCCUAGUCGGAAACCAUAAUAACAUGUUGCUCGUGUACCAGGAUGUGACACUCAAGUGGGCAGCACAGCUUCCUCAUAUCCCCGUUGCAUUAAGGGUUGCAAGUUUCCAGGAUCUAAAAGGAGUGAUUGUCACUCUGAGUGGCAGUGGCCAGUUACAGUGCUCCUACCUUGGUACAGAUCCUUCUCUUUUCCAGGCCCCUAAAGUAGAGUCCAGGGAUAUCAACUAUGAAGAAUUGGAUGUAGAAAUGAAAGAACUUCAGAGAAUUAUUAAAGAGUCCUCAAAAACACAAGAUAUUUUGCCCAGGUUUGAUAAGGAAGAUGAUUUGACCUUAGUGGCAACUGUUUCCUCUGAGCUUGAUUCUGUAUCUCAAUCAUUUGACAGUGAAGUGGAGUCAGAAAACAUCCCGUCUUUAACUGUAAAGUUCUGUGUAGGGACCAGGUUAAAUGUACAGAAAUCUGUGCUGUCCAUUAGCAUCCCACCUCCGUUAGCUGUUACUCAAGACAAGUUCAUUUUUGAUUCAUUAGAGGCAGGGAUAACAAAGACAGCAAGUAUUUCUGUGUUCCUGAAGGGAAACUGUCCACCCGCUGAUCUUGAAGGAAGUGCUGUGAUUUCAUAUAGUAUGCCUACAGGUGUGCCUAGAGUAUUGCAGUGUAGAUUUCGACUUCCACUGAAGCUGGUUUGCUUUCCAGUGCAGCCAUCAAAAGCAGCUAACCACAAAUUAACCAUUGAUACCAACAAACCUCCAGUUAAUUUAAUUAACCUUUUUCCAGAUUUUGUUGAUCAAACUCAGGAUGACCAGCUCAGUGUUCUAGGAUUCCAGUUGCUCGCCGGUCGAAAAGUCACUCUUCUUGCGUCUAAAACAUCUCAGAGAUAUAGGAUUCAAAGUGAGCAAUUUGAAGAUCUUUGGCUUGUUACCAAAGAACUAAUUUUACGUUUUGAGGAUUAUUUUCGGAAGCAAGGAGUAAAAGACUUUACAUGUUCUUUCUCUGGGCCAGUGCCGCUGCAGGAAUAUUUUGAGUUAAUUGACCAACACUUUGGGUUGCGCCUGGAUGCAGAGAAAUACGACAGUCUCUUAUCUGAGCGUGCUGUACAGUUUCGUGCAAUACAAAGACUUCUUCUUACCCGAUUCAAAGAUAAGACACCUGCUCCAUUGCAAAAUCUGGAUACCUUACUGGAUGGAACAUACAGACAGGUAACUGGUAUAGCAGAUGCUGCUGAGGAAUGCCAACGCAAAUUGUUCAGAGGCUUCACGAGACUCAAGAGUGCUACACAGCUGAUUGUUUUGCUUAUAGGACUAUGGCAGAAGCUUAGCAAGGACCAGGUGGCCAUUUUGGAAGCAACAUUUUUACCAUUACACAAAGACAAUCAAGAGCUGGGUUGGGAAGAGUCAGUGGAUGCAGCAGUAUCUCAUCUAUUAAGAACUUGUCUAUCUAAAAGUUCUAAGGAGCAGGCGCUUAACCUCACUAGCCAAUUGAGCAUCCCAAAAGAUACAUCUAGGCUGAAGAAACACAUCACCUUACUGUGUGAUAGAUUAACCAAAGGUGGGAGGCUCUCAUUAAGUGCUGACUCAGGAUCACAACAAGCCAUAGUAAUGCCAGGACUCCCCUUGACUACUCCUGUGCUACAGAACAAUGCGUAGUGUUUCCUUUGUAGUUA